GCCCCACGCUGCCGUCAUCCCGCGCAGGCGAGAAGGUGCCAGUGAUUCAUCAUCUGCCAGUGGACUUCAAUCUCACCAGCCUCGACGCUGUUCACUGCCUUCAAAUAUCCCACCAGCACUGCAUGCUGCUGCUGUUGAUAAUGUACCUUUUCCCAAGAUCAUGUCAGUUGAAUUUCUUUGCCUGUACGUAUUGCACGUAACUCGUCCUCUCCAUUGAAAACUUGCCGGUGCCUGCAGUAUUCCGCAGCAACCUCGUAGAGCACCUCGCUGUCUGAUCCAUCCACCGUUAUCCCAAGGCCCGCGUCUAGACAAUACAACGGUAAAGUCAUAACGAGGUUGGAUUCAAUGGCCGGGUGCACCCCGUGCUACGCGAAAGGAUAGUUCCACACUAACCUGCACUUCGAAUAUCAUCACCUCACCAUUUUGAUUCUUCAUCGCGCCCGAGAUGCCGUUCUCUUCUUGGUUUCUCAAAUCCAAAGGUCAGCCUGAGGUCGACCAUGAUGGAAGCGAAGAAGUGGAUGGCAAAACUGAGACGUCUUCCCCUGAUGAACUGCUGGAUUUCGAGACAAUAGCCGACAGGGUGGAGGCUCUUCAGCAGGAACUGGCGUACGCACAUCAUCUCUGCGAGCAAGCCAACCUACAAUUUGACAAAUACCGUACGGACCUGCAUGAACUUAAGCAGUCCGUGGCUACGUUACAGAAUGAGAACGAGGUCUUGCGGUGUCAGUUGGCCAUGGAAAGGGAGCGCAACAUGAGGUAUCGUGCACAGAUUCAGGAGGACCAGGACACGAUCAAAAGCCAGAAGGUGUUGGUCACACAACUGCAAGCAAGGCUUAACACAGAAACCACCUCUCUGCAUGCUAUGGCCAAACAUGCUCGGACUCUUGAGCAGCGAUUGAUCGACGCGAAAUUCGACCUUGAGUAUCUCAAAUGCACCACAGAUGCGGAACAACAAAGCAACAUCAGCCACAGCACUCAGAACUUAGAUGUUCCUCUCCCGGCACAGCCGUUUGUUGUUGUCCUUGUCGAUGGAGAUGCAUACAAGUGGCACCCUGACCUAUUUCUCAACUCGAGUCACGUCCCUGGCAAUAGCGGGGCUGAGGCCAGUAACCCAGGCGGUCUCGCAGCUUCGCAGAUAAGGACCGAAGUCAUCAAGUAUAUUCUGAAACAAGACGGAACCAUCCCGAUCACAUCGAAAGUGAUUACCCGCGUUUUCUGCAACUACGGUUAUGAACAGAAGUUUCUGAAUCGCCAGCGGGCACGGUCAGCUCAGAUUGCAUUGAGAGACUUUGCUGUCCAAUUCACGGAGAAGAUCCCGCUUUUCGACUACUUCGAUGCUGGAAGGGGGAAAGAGAGAGCGGACGACAAGAUCAGAGAAAACUUCCACCUCUAUCUAUCUACGCCGAACUGCCAUGCUAUCUUUCUAGCCGCUUGCCUCGACAACGGUUUUGCUCGCAUGCUGGAGCAGUACUCAAACGAUCCUCUUGCCUACCAGAAAAUCGUUCUUGUGACCCCGGGUUACAUGGCCUUGGAAGUCCAGAAGCUGGGGUUCAAACAGGUCAUGUGGUCCAAUGUGUUUGCUACAAAGGCAAUGCCAAAGGAAAUGGUUGCCAGAUAUGAGAAAGAUAUCCAGAAGUCCCGCAGUUUGGGGGACUUCAGCAGUGCAAGUGCGAACCCAACCCACGUCAAGGCAGCUGGUGGUGGCAGAAGGAGGGGAACUGGAGGAGCUCCGACUCCAAACUUGACGAAGUUUUUGCUCGAACGCGUGCCCACAUGGGAUCUUAACGAUGCGAUGGCCAGAUAUACCAACGGUGUGGGGCUGAAGAUCCCUCAUAGGUACGACGGUGAUGAAACUGACUCCUGCAUUGUUCUUGAGGACAAUGAGGUUGAAGAGGGAGUAGAUUAAGACCAUGGCGUUGGCAAAAUGGCGCAGGUCUGCUCGAGGUGGACAAUACCCCAUCCGAACCGGUUGUGAUUUCAGAACACGGUCCAGGACCAAGAUGUGGCAACUCUAUUCUUGCUGAAGAUUGUGGGAGCGAUGUUUUUGUGCUUGGUAGUGGCAUGUCAAAUCCUCAGGAUAAAAUUCCACAAACAUAGUACGUUGUAGUGUCGAAAGAACACACUAAAAGACUACUCGUAGGCUAGGUAUGGACGCUGAGCCAAUGUACGACAUCUCACGUUCGCCUCAAAGAUAGUUCGCGGUAUUGUCUACACCGGCAUACGUUCUGCUCGAGAGUGAGACAUUGGAGAUCUACCUGUAGAUUCUGUGCACUUUCAAGUCCGGUUAUAUUUUGAUAUUGUCACCCAUGGUAUAUUCUUUUGGACAUCCUCUUCCGACCAUUACACUACACACUACGCAAAUGCACUGGACGGUUUCUGGACUUUUAUAGUCGGUUCUUCACGAGUGAGUCCACUCGGGCUUCUUCUUUUCGGCGAACGCCUUCAUACCGACCUUUUGAUCAUUGCUGCCGAACAGAGCAUGGAAGAUACGGCGCUCGUACUCGACACCCUCGCGAACGCCCAGAUCCUGACUCUUAUUGACGACCUCCUUGGCCGCAACCACAGCGAUGCGCGAGUAACUGGCGAUCUUGGCGGCCGUGUCCAAUGCACCAUCCAGAACUUCCUUGUUUCCACCGUCAAAGGCGCGAGCGGCAAGUCCAUGCUUCUCGGCCUCCUCGCCGCUGAAAUUGUUGCCCGUCAGAAUCAGUUCCAUGGCUUUACUCUUGCCAAGUGCCGCCGUCAAGCGUUGAGACCCGCCGGCGCCCGGGAUGGUCCCCAACUUGAUUUCGGGUUGCCCAAAGUUAGCCGUCUUGGUGCAGUAGAGGAUGUCGCACAUCAUUGCUAGUUCGCAGCCACCUCCUAAUGCGUGGCCAGAGACCGCGGCAAUGAUGGGUUUGCGGAUCGUCGUCAUGAAUGACCAGGGCGCGAUGAAGUUGUUGGCGUAGGCGUCGGAGAAUGUGAGGGGGGCCAUCUCUUUGAUGUCGGCGCCGGCUGUUGGGUUGGGUUCUAUGUUAGUAUUCGGACUCGGUCUGGGCUGGGUUGUGCGUACCUGCAAAUGCCUUGUCGCUUCCCGUCAGCACGAUGGCGCCAAUCUCCUUGUCAUCGUCGUAUUUCUUGAGCGCAUCGUUGAGCUCGGCGAAGAGUGCGCUCGAUAGCGCGUUUAGUGCUUUUGGGCGGUUCAAUGUGACUGUUUGGGAGGGACGAGAAGAAGAUGUUAGCAUAAUGCUGCAGUUGUAUAUAUAGCAACGGAUUAGGUUGAUUCCAAUGGACAGCACGUACUCAGUCCUACGCCCGGUCGGGGCUUGGACACCAGGAUGUUCUCAUAACUUGAACUGUUGCUCGACGUCGAUUGGAAGCGAACAAGUCGAGGGAGGGUCCGCGGUGCGGCUGCGGUCAGAGUGGUAGCUACAGGACGGGAGAGAAGGCGGAGGGAAGCCAUGGCUGGGACUCAGGCUCGUAACGGAUACAGAUACACAGCAACGACGGAGGAGAUGAGAUGCUUCGUCUCACAGCAAGGUAUCUUUCGGGG